AUGGACGAUUUUCUCGCGCUCGUGCAGCGCCGCAGCCAAGGCAUGCUCGCCGCGCACCCCGUAGGCGCCACGGGGGGCGGCGCGCGCAAGUUCAGAGGGCAGUUUGAAGGGAUAGCGGGCGUGCAGCUGGAACGAGCAGAUGAGCUGCAAUGUCUGGUGCGCGGAAUCGACUUCCUUGUGCGCGUGGCGCCUGGCGACUGCUACGGAUUUGCCCACGUGGACGCGCUGCCACAGCAAGGGGGAGACGAGCAGCAGCAGGGGCAUGGUCGGGGGGAGUCGGCAUCUGACUGGGACGAGGUGGCACAGGCGUUCCGCGCUGGCAGUGACGGUGACGGGCGUGCAUGCACGGGCAGCGAGGGGGAAGAGGUGGGAGAGGCGGGAGAAGGGGGAGAGGGGGAAGAGGGGGAAGAGGGGGAAGAGGGGGAAGAGGGGGAAGGUGGCUUGCAGUCUGGGCCGGCAGGGGAGGAGGAGAGAGCGGGGGCGGCGGGGGAAGGUGCAUGUGUGGAGGGGGAAGGUGUUGUGGAUGGGGUGGAGGCGGAUGUGGAGGAUGGGGAGGGGGGCGAUAGUGAUGAGGAGAGCACUGAUGGCGAUGGCGGUGCAGUGAGGGGGAGUGGGAGGCUGGAGAAGGAGGCGGGGGAAGAGGAAGAGGAGGAUGAAGGCGAGGAGGAUGAAGACGAGGAGGAGGAGGAGAGGGGAGAGAGGAGGGAAGGGGUGGAUGCGGGCAGCAGGGCAGAGGAGAGCCCCCCGGAACAGCUCACGCGUGCGCCACGUGCUCUUCACGGGCAGCUUCAUGCACAACAACAAGGUGCCGGUGGGGAUGGUGCUGCUGGGAAUGAUGCUGCUGGGAAUGAUGCUGAUGGGAGUGGUGCUGCUGGGUCGGAUGAUGCUGGUGGAAAGGGCGCUGGUGAGAAAGGUGAUGGUGCAAAUGUUGCUGGUGGCAUAUCUACAAGUCCCCCUCCUCCUCCUGGUAGUAACACUCUUCUUGCUCAUACCUUACGUGCUCCCCUUUUUGCCCUGCCCUUGCAGCUGGCCAUGCGAUCGCUAGCGGUGGCCAUGCAGUUCUGGUCCAACGGAGCCAUGAAGGCCAUGUUUUUGAGACAUAAUGGGCAUGCAGGGGCAUUAGGGGCGCUACUCGCUUGUGCGGAUCGGCACGGAGUGGCCAUCAGCCCAAGUUCCAAACGACUCAGCCUUGGAAACUCUGUAAAUCUGCCAGGUUCUGUUUUGUAA